AGACAGUACGUGGCCGGAAGGAAGAUUUAUUGGUCACAUUUUUAUUAUAUUCCUAGAAAAUAAUUUAACUUUUCUAUAAUUUCUUUGGAAUACAAAAAUUAAUAUCGUAAACAAAAUAAUAAAAAUACAAUAAACAAAAAUAAAAAUAAUGAAGAACGAACAAGUUGUUGUCGAUUAUUGGAAGAUGUUUAAAACGUCUGGAUUAUUUUUACUACUUGCUUGCUCUGGAUAUAUUUUAAUUAAAAUGGUCCAAGCAGUCUUCUGGCUACCCCACUACCUGGAAAAGAAUCAACGUAAACUUGAAGAUCUGGCAGCAACCUACGCCAUCAAUUUAAAGGAUACAAACAUUGAAGACCCCAAGGGAGUACUAGAAGAAGAAGAAGAGCAUACAAUACCAAAAGAAACAGAAAAAGACUCCGAAGAGAUGAAGAAGGAAAAGUAGAAAACGAAAAACAAAAAAAUUUCACAUUUUAAUUUAAUAAAUAAAAGAAAUCAAAUUUUUGACUUAAUAUUGAA